UCUCACUCUCAACUUGAGAGAAUCAUGUGGAGUGCCGACGGAAGUGAGCUGGGUCAAGUGGCCGCCCGCAUGGAGACCAGCCCGCCCAUGGGCACCACCAGCAUUUCUGUGUCCCAGCAACAGCCUCCCAAGAAGUUUGCCCCUGUCGUGGCCCCCAAGCCCAAGUUCAACCCCUACAAACCACCGGGGGAGGGUGCUGAAGGUGACUACCCCCCUCCGCCUCCACCUGUGGCUGAUGCCAGCGGACUCCCAUCCCCCUCCUCCUACCCUCCCCCGCCCCCCAUGGAUGGCUCCCCACUGGGAUUUCAGGUGAAGGGCCCAGAGAAGACCCUGGAGGAGAGGCGCUCCAGUCUAGAUGCUGAGAUCGACUCCCUGACCAGCAUACUGGCAGACCUGGAGAGCAGCUCCCCAUACAAGCCCCGCAGUCAGCAGAACUCCAGCCCUGCUGUGACCAGCCCCAGUUCAGCUGCCCCGGUCACCGGCUACAAGCGAAUGGUCAUCCCCACGCAGCCGCCCCUGACCGCCACCAAGAAGUCCACCCCCAAGGCCCAGGGCUCUCCAGCGCCCUCUGGUGCCCCCCCGGCCUCUGCCAGCCCCGUGGCCAAGCCCCAGUUCCAGAUGGCCACCGCCCCGCAGCCUGUCCCGGCCUCCUACACCACCGCCUCCACCCCCAGCCAGCCCACCUUCAACGUGCAGGUGCGGGCAGCCCAGCCCGGGCCCCAACACCCCCCGGUCCAGCAGCAGUACGGGCAGCCGAUGGUGCCCCAGCAGUCGAUGCGAGGCUCCGUCCCGGUGCAGUACAUGCCGGCGCAGCCCCGCGGGCCCGACUUCGCCUACGGGCCGCCGCAGCCUGGCUUCACGCCGGCGAUGCCGCCGCAGCCCAGCUACGCUGAUUACCCCUACGGCGGAGGAGGCGGCCAGAACACCUGGAGGGGAGAGCCGCAGGGGCAGGCCGGCUACCAGCCCCCCACCCCCAAGAAGACCUACAUCACGGAGCCUCCGGUGGGCCUGACUCCCUACACCGCAGGGCCUCCCGUGCCCCAGAAGGCUCCUGCUGGUGGUCGGCCUGGUGCUCGUCCAGAGGAGGAGCUGGAGCGCCUGACCAAGAAGAUGCUCUACGACAUGGACCACCCCCCCACCGAGGAGUACUUCGGUCGCUGUGCCAGCUGCGGUGAGAAUGUGGUGGGCGAGGGCACCGGCUGCACUGCCAUGGACCAGGUGUUCCACGUGGACUGCUUUGUCUGCAUGACCUGCACCGCCAAGCUGCGUGGCCAACCCUUCUACGCCGUGGACAAGAAGGCCUACUGCGAGCCCUGCUACAUAAACACCCUGGAGACCUGUAACAUCUGCAGCCAGCCCAUUAUGGAGCGCAUCCUGCGGGCCACAGGCAAGGCCUACCACCCCCAGUGCUUCACCUGCGUGGUGUGCCAGCGCAGCCUGGACGGCAUCCCCUUCACCGUGGACGCCUCCAACCACAUCCACUGCAUCGAGGACUUCCACAAGAAGUUUGCCCCGCGCUGCUCCGUGUGCGCUGAGCCCAUCAUGCCGGCGCCUGGCCAGGAGGAGACGGUGCGCAUCGUCGCCCUGGACCGCGACUUCCACGUGCAGUGCUACCGCUGCGAGGAUUGUGGCACUUUGCUGUCGGAGGGAGACAACCAGGGCUGCUACCCGUUGGAUGGUCACAUUCUCUGCAAAAACUGCAACACCAGCCGCAUCCAAGCCCUCACCGCCAAGGCCACCACUGACCUCUGAAUGAAUGACACACACACACACACACAAACAUACACACACACACUCACACUCUCAAAUAGACACACACACACACACACACACACACACACACACUAUAGAAACACUUGCAUGCACACAAUAGAUGUUCAGUUAACCCCCUGAAAAAGCUACCUGCUUUGACCAAGCUCAACAGUAUGCGAGCACACACACACACACAAUCACACACACACAAUUUAUAAUUUUUAGUAUCCUUGUUAGUUUCACCCGUGCACCAACCCACAUGUAUUAUGCAAACACACACACAGACACAGAUACAUGCGCGCGUGCACACACACACACACACACACACACACACACACACACACACACACACUAUAUUAUAUAAUGUUGCACAGCUUAGUGCCAGCAGUGGCAGAAGUAUUUAGUUCACCACUGCUCCUCCUAUGCAAUUAACCUAUGGCUGUCCACCGAGGCCUUCAAUACAGCGCACUCCCAUACUUACACCUCCGUACAUCUGGAGGAGCCUCAAUGGUACAGACACAAGCUGCAUCCUGUGCCCAAUAGUUUUUUCCCCUUUGAAUUCUGGAACAGACACUCUUUAGCACUGUUUGGGCUCCAAGGGCUCCUGUAGGUGAUUGCCUUUGCCCACAUGUUUAACUCUAAAGGGACUACGUAUUUCCAUUUCCAUUGCGUGCUUUAAAUGGGUUAAAAGGUCCAGAGUAUCUAAUUUUGCAUUAUUAUUGUAAUGGCUUGUGUUGCGGCGCAGUUCAAUAAAUGUGUUAUGUAUUAUGUAUACGUAUUUGUCACAGGGCCAAACACUCAUCAUAACACAUAGACAAUCUUCCACAUACCAGGAUGGUGGUGAGGCCUAGGUUGUAUUACCUGCUAUUUAUGCUCUGUGAAAAGUGUCUGUAAUCAUUAUUUUAUGACAAAAGAAAAUAAUAAUACGGGGAAAAAAUAGAGUAUGGUCUGGAUAUAGAAAUGAAACCUAGAGAACAUCAUGGUCUUGUUGCUUGAGAUAAACAUGUCUGAAUGAUCUGUGCGGUGGCCAUCGCCCACACAUGCAACAGAACACAUAGACAGACAGUGAGAGAUACACUAGACAUGUAGACAUGAAGGAGUGGCCAAGUCUGCGCCUCCAUAUGUCAAUGAACCUACUAAAUAAUUCCUACAAGCUUCCCUUUACAAAACUACUUACAGCCCAUAUAUGGCAGGAAUUGGUGUUUGUUAGAGUAUGUUAGAGCACUCACACACACAUACACACACAUACACAUACAUACACACAUAUACAUACACACACACACACACACAUACACAUACAUACACACAUAUACACACACACUUUCACACACACACACACACACACACAAAGACAUACAGAGAAACGGUUUUAACAUUCCUUGAGAUGUUUCAGUAUUUGAAGCAUUAGCCAAAGAGCUGCUUACAGUACUUCUGUUGACAGCCUUGAGUAGUGUAUGCAAUCCAUGUAGUGCCACGUUGUUUGCAUAGCGACUGUGAAUCUCCAAGCUUCUGCAGCCUUCAGCCUUCUCAGCCAAAGAAGCCACUCAGUUCCAUUUUAUUGGAAUUCAUAAGAGUAAAUAUGAUGACAUUACAAGUUUGUUUUGUUUUUGUUUUUUGUUUUGUUUUUUUAACUGAGCGGGCUCACCAAUGUGUGUGUAUAUAAAACAAUGGCAACAUGCAUUUACUACGUAGGUGGCUGAAAGCCUACUUCAGAUUCUCCUGUUGACAUGAAAGAGCCUAAUGGUAAAGUUUUUGCUUGUGAAAGUUGUCCAGCUUGUCUUCAGGAUAGCAUGUGAAAGAACACACAUUGCUGUAGUUUGUUUUGCUCUGUUGUAGGCUUGCAUCUUUCUGCUUGGUGUGUCAGAGGAGCUCUGUGCAGGCCAUUGUUACCUCUGAGGUAUUGCUCACUUCACUUGUGUGUGUCAGUCUCAGCCCGGUAGAGGACUGAGUGCUGUCCGGUCAUUGUCCUCUUUUCUCUUCCUAUGUGGCGCACUGCUCAGACCAUGAAACACAACCCCACAACAUUUUUAGAUAUGCAUCGUAUUUACUGUUUUAUGAACAAGAAGACAAUAAUAUUAAUGAAAGUAUUAUUUUUUAUAGGAUUAAAUCAUAGAGUUACUCUGAACUUUUGACAAUAUGCAUUUUUAUAUUUGAUUGCAUUGACACUUUAUUAAGAAAGAUAGGCAAAUAUUUUAAACUUUAAAGGAAAUAUUGAAAUUGUAGGGGAUACAGUAAGAGCUCACUUCUCGUCUUCAUUGUUGUGUCAUGAGCGUGAGCUGUAUCUGUAUACAUGUGUGUCAUAAAUAUUGUCAUAAGGAAAGAACUCUGAAAUCUCUCAUUUUCAUUUAAGCAAAGGUACUUUUCUGAGUCCCAGAAGCCCAGUCUCAUUUCAUUUGCUGUAAUUUUAUUAUAGACGGUUUUGGGUUUUUUUUUUGUUUGUUUGUUUUACAUCUACUACCUAAUGUCAGCCUACAAAGCGGCUUGUCCAGAUUGAUUGAUGAACUGAUGGACUUUUGUCCAAAACGGCUCUAAAUGGGGAAGAUGGCUUUCAAAUGUAUGUGAUGUUUACUUGUUUCCAUAUUUGCCUGUGCGCAAAAAGCUUUUUUUUUUUCCUUUUUUUUUUUUCUUUUUCUUUCUUUUUCUGGCUUGUUUGUUUUCUGAUGUUUCUUCCUUUGUUGUCUAUCAUGCAGUAUGCCUCAACUUCAAAAGUACUUGGCGUGCAGGGAAAGGCCUGUUUAAUAAGGACCAUAUUGACCAGCAUGGACCAUCGGUCUGUUUAGCAGGAGUGUUAGACCAAUGCUUGAUGGAGUUAGAACAGUCAAACUCAAACAAUUCCAUCCAACUAACACCAAGAUACAGCCUGACAGUGCUCACUGACCCAAGUCAGGAGUUGGAGUUGGAGCACCUUAGCCCUUCAGCAGGGGAGUUUUGAACAUUCUGAAGAUUCUGUUCUGCAACAAUGUAAGAUUCUAAAAUUCCAUGUUCAAUUCAAUGAACCCAAAUAUUCUUUAAAACGUUCAAUUUCCAACAUUCCCGUCACACCAGUGUGACGGUACUGGCUUAAGGGUUAAGAGAUCAGGGCUGGACUCACAGUGAAUCAGGGCCAGAUCAAAGCUUCCCCAGGGUCAGCUGAUGCUGACUGACAGGUUGUCCACACAACAACGCAGUGACGCAGUGUCUUGACAAAUGCUAAAAGAUGUUAUCACAGUUUUCAGUUUCAUAGUUUUUCCUUGGAGGUCCGUGUAUUGUUCCACUCAUCUUUUGUAUGUUGCCAUACAGCUGUGAUGCGUUUGAGUGUUCCCACAAGUGCUGGGAUUGUCAGAGAGGCGAAGUUCACAUUGAAACAGCAUGGCCUUUAACAUGGCCUGCUGCUUAAUGUUAGCAAUAACUACAAUACACCGAUAACAUUUUAGUAUUCCCAUUUUGUUGUGCUAUAAUCUUUGUACUUUGUUGUACUAUGCCCUUUCUUCACUUGCUGAUUCUAGAAUAUAUUUCAUGUGUCUUUGCAAAUACUCUGUUGUUUUUCCUAGUCUGCUGGCUACUGCUCUCGUAUACCAAAGCAGAGAGAGAGGAGAAGCUCUUGAUGCCUUCUUUAAAUGUAGAUGAAGAAUGUGAGUAGCUGGCCCAGGGGAACGUGAACAGACAAAUACGAGUGCCUUUUAGUCAAUAAUUAAGCAGAGGCAUACAUGUCGUCAUAGCUUCUGGUCACUGGAGACCCCAACCAGCAGAAGGCUUCCUCACUCCUCAUCCUCUUUGUCUUCAUCCGCUGUCCUCAAAGGAUCUGUGCCAGCGCCGCUGCACAUGUUGAUCAGGCUACUCACCGUCUCCGAGAAAUGUGUGCUGUCCAUGUGCCUACCUUAAUGACACUCAGAUAAAUAAGAAUUUUUAAAAUGUGCGCUUUGAAUUUUAGGUUGUUCCACAAGUGGGUAUUCUGUGUCAGAGCUCUUCAGAAGACUUCCUAGACUUCCUUUGCAUUGUUUGAAUAUUAUACCUAUGCCGAUGAAGAAAUGAAUAUAUGGCUUGGUGAAGUAAAAUGCUAAUGGAGUAAAAAGUAGUUUCUAAUCACUUCUGCUGCACACCCAUGUUCAUAUUCUCUCAUUUCCAUCUUCAACUAGUUUCAUUUAAUAACUGUGUGGUAAGAUCCGCAGCUGUGAACAUACUCCAAAUGCUUUACCAAGCGGGGCUUUACGGAAAGCAUCACUGUUUUGUGUUAAUGAUCUGUAUUUCUAUAGUCUCUGAGAUACCUUAUUGUUGAAUUUUUGAAUUGAAUUGUUGAAUUUUGUGUCAAAAUGACCGUUAAGUCGGCCUGGUGAAUAAAAUCUGAGUUUCUUCCCCAUGGCGACUAGUAGAGCAUCCUUCACAGAGAAAGUGAUCAUUCCUGUUACUGUUGUUUCUCUCCUGUACUCCUGCCUCUUUCUCAUGUCAUCAAUAAAAAUGUUUGUAAAGGCACAA